AUGCUGCCAAUCCUGCUCACGCUCAUCUCCUCCCUUGGCGCUGCAUCCGCGACCCUCCCGGCAAAGACCGCUGCGCGAGACGCAGGCCCUCCGGCCGGAUGCGGCAACGAGCUCCCCGACGGCAUCGAAGCCGGCGUGUCGGUCAACACAACCAUUGACAUCGCUGGCGUCGAGCGGCAGUACCGCAUUCACUUGCCGGACAACUACGACGCGAACACGCCUGUGCCGCUAAUACUCUCCUAUCACGGCCGUGGCAAGGACAUGAAGUUCCAGGAGGAGCUCUCGCAGUUCUCGAACAAAUCCAACAACCCGAACGCCAUUGCCGUGUACCCGCAGGGCGUGCCGACCGCCGGCGGCACCCACCAAUGGUUAGGGGACAUUUCAGCCACCGCUUCUGUGAACAACGAUAUACAGUUCACCACCGAGCUCAUUGCGAAUCUGAGCUCGACUUACUGCAUCGAUCCCGCGCGAGUGUAUGCCACUGGUAAAUCCAAUGGCGCUGGUUUCACGACUCUACUCGCAUGCGACCCCGAUGCUUCUCUCCAGAUUGCUGCCUUCGCUCCCGUGAGCCCAGCCAUCUACAAGGGGGUGCUCGGUGCACCCGAAGGCGAGCUUCCUCCCUGCAAGCCCAGCCGAAUUCCCAUCCCGAUCAUGGAGUUCCAUGGCUUUGCGGAUGGGCAAAUCGGGUACAACGGCACCUCGAAGCGCGGUGACACGGCGGACAUUCCUGAGUAUAUGAAUGACUGGGCUACGCGCAACGGCUUUGAUGCGGACAAGAACAAGACGACUGACGUAUGCGCCGACACCGAGUUUCCGGCGGCGUGGAAGCAUAGCUGGGGUAAUGGCCUCGUGCAGCACUACAACGCGUCCAAUUUGGGGCACACCUGGCCUGACACGUACGAGAAUGCGGAUGGUGGCCGCCAAACGUGUUAUGAUGCUACGCCCUUGAUUAUGGAGUUUUUUCAGAGGUUUACGCUGUGA